AUGGCUUCCCCACAGCAGAUCAAGACCACACUCACCGAUCUCCUGAAGAUCAAGCACCCGGUCCUCCUGGCUGGCAUGAACGUUGCAGCUGGCCCCAAGCUUGCUGCCGCAGUCACCAAUGCCGGAGGCCUGGGAGUCAUUGGAGGUGUUGGAUACACCCCAGACAUGCUCCGUGAGCAGAUUGCCGAGCUCAAAGGUUUCUUGACAGACAAGAAUGCUCCAUUUGGCGUCGACCUGCUUCUUCCACAGGUCGGUGGAAGCGCUAGGGCGACGAACUAUGAUUACACCAAAGGCAAAUUGAAUGAACUUGUCGACAUCAUCAUCGACUCCGGUGCUAAGCUGUUCGUGUCAGCGGUCGGUGUUCCUCCUAAGGCCGUCGUUGACAAACUUCACGCGAAUGGCAUCCUCUACAUGAACAUGAUUGGGCAUCCAAAGCAUGUAAAGAAAUGCAUUGACCUCGGUGUGGAUAUUAUCUGCGCUCAAGGUGGCGAGGGUGGUGGUCACACUGGCGAUGUCCCUACAACAGUCCUCAUCCCUACCGUGGCUGCCAUGUGCGCGAAUGCCAUCUCACCUUACACUAAGAAGCCCGUCCAGUGCGUUGCUGCUGGUGGGCUAUUCAACGGUCAGUCGCUAGCCGCAUCACUCAUGCUCGGCGCCUCGGGUGUCUGGAUCGGCACCAGAUUCGUGCUCUCUAAGGAGGCCGGCGCCCCCAAGGCCCACAAGGAGGCUGUGCGCAGUGCUGGCUUCGAUGACAAUGUUCGCACCAUCAUCUUCACUGGCCGCCCUCUCCGUGUGAGAAGCAACGAGUACAUCAAGAACUGGGAAGAGAACAGGCAGGCUGAGAUCAAGGAGCUCACCGGCAAGGGCACGAUUCCCGUCGAGCAUGACUUUGAGUCGAUGGGAGAUGACAUGAGCGAUGAAAUGAUGGAUAAUGCGAGACCAUUCCUUAUGGGCAAGGCUUCGGCCGUUGUCAACGAUGAGAAGUCGGCCAAGGAGAUUGUUGAUGAGUUUGUCAAUCAGGCGGUGCAGAAGAUCAAUGAAGGCAAGAGCUUGUUGGUCAGCCCAAGCAAGCUGUAG